UAACGAGUGAAUGCCACGACUCACAUAGCCUACCUGUGUGACCUGUCGGUUUGGAUUCACUCUGUGACAACAAUGGCGGACGCAUCAUCCCGAGUUGACGAUCUGUCCUGUUCUGUUUGCUGUGACAUCUUUAAAGACCCUGUUAUCCUAUCGUGUAGUCACAGUUUCUGCAAGGGUUGUCUGCAGAGUUGGUGGACGCAAAACCAGGAACAGCAGUGUCCACUUUGCAAGAGGAGAUCUUCAAGGACCGAUCCACCCAGGAACAUUGCCCUGAAGAACCUGUCGGAGGCCUUCCAGCGGGGGAACGUGGAUCUCUGCGCUCUGCACGGUGAGAAACUCAAGCUCUUCUGUCUCGAUGACCUGGAGACGGCGUGUCUCAUCUGUCGACACUCUGAAAAACACGCCAACCACAGAUUCCUUCCUGUCGAUGAAGCUGCCGCGAUCCACAGGGAAGAAAUUCAGAAAUUAUUGAAACCCCAGAAGGAGAAGUUAAACGACUUUGUUGAGACCAAGAGAAAGUGUGAGGACAUAGCAGCAGACAUUAAUGUCCAGACCGCGCACACCGAGAGACAGAUUCAAAAGGAGUUUGAGAAGCUUCACCAGCUUCUCCAAGAUGAAGAGAAGUCCAGGAUCACUACGCUGAGAGACGAAGAGCAGUUGAAAGGUCAGAAGAUGAAGAAGGAGAUCGAGGAGCUGUCAAAGCAGAUAGAAACCAUUUCACACACAGUCACCGAGACGGAGCAGCAGCUGGUGGCUGGAGACAUUUCCUUCCUGAAGAAGUUCAAGGCUACAAGAGGGAAAGUAGCUCAGCGCCGACCUUCACCAGCUCUACCCAAGGGAGCGCAGCUGGACGUGGGCAAACACCUGGGCAACCUGGCCUACGCAGUCUGUAAGAAGCUGGAGGAGAACGUCUCCUACUCUCCUGUGAUCCUGGACCCCAACACCGCUGGCCCCGAUCUCCACCUGUCUGAGGACCUGACCAGCGUGAGACGUGGAGCGAGACAGCAGCUCCCUAAGAACAAUCAGAGGCGGAAGUAUGGUGUGCUGGGAUCUGAGUCCCUUGAAUCAGGAACCCACGGAAGGUAUGGAGGCCUGACAUGGCGAGAGACACAACAGCUCCCUGAGAACCCCCUUGAAUCAGGAACCUACACCAGGCCUCCAUCUUGGGGGAGAGGCUUCCAUUUUGAGAGGAGGCCUCGAUUUUGGGAGGAGCCUUUAUCCUGGAAGGACCCAGGCCUCCAUGAUUAAAAAAUAAAAGGUUUAUUUUUUAGUAUAUCAGCCACUGUAGGCCUACUAUAAUUAUAAUU